AUGAAUAGUAAAGCCAGAAAUGUGCCUUGGAAUAUAUAUAAUAUAACAAAAAUUCUCAUCACUGCCACAUUGUGUUUAAUAAGUAUUUCAGACGCCCUCAAUGAAGCUACACUUGCCAGAAAUUAUUCAUUUCUUAGCGUCUGCUACUUAACUCCUUUUAUACAAUUUUUUACCUUUUUAUUAGCAGGGAUACUUAUAUUUUAUAAUCGAAAAAUGGGAAUGGUCGCUUCUUCAGUAUUAUUUUACUUUUGGCUGUGUUUGUCAAUUUGUGGAGCAAUACAGUUUCGUUCAGAAAUAAUGAAGGCUGUAAUGAGCGAAUCUGAUGAUUAUGUUAAAACUUAUAAUUUUUUAAGUUACGUCAUUUAUUACUUCCUCGUACUUAUGCAGUUAUUAUUAGCAUGUUUUGCUGAUAAGCCUCCUUUAUACGUAGAUGACCCUGUUAGUAAAGAAAAUCCAGCUCCAGAAGAAAGAUGUUCUGCAUUAUCAAAAUUAACCUUUUCUUGGUUUGAUAAGCUUAUUUGGUUGGGAUAUAAAAAACCAUUAGAAACAAGCGAUUUAUGGCCAAUGAAUCCUGAAGAUACUGCCAGACAUAUAGUGCCCUUGUUUGACAGAUAUUGGGAAAAAAGUAGAAAAGGAAAUUUAAUAAAUUCGACCAAAAGAAAAGCUUCGUAUUUGAAAAAGAGUGGAAGUGUAGAGUUUAUUAGUGGAAGAGAGGAAAAAAAAAAAAAAUAUGUCUCAAUUGUACCUGCCCUGUGCAAAGCUUUUGGUCCCACAUUUAUUUUCGGGGUCGCUCUUAAAGUUGUUAACGAUUUGCUUACAUUUGCUAAUCCUCAGUUAUUAAAAUAUUUAAUUGGCUACAUAAAGAAUGAAUCGGAUUACGAAUGGAAAGGUUUUCUUUUUGCAUUUUCAAUGCUUUUAGCUUCAAUAUUUCAAACUUUAGUACUUUCUCAAUAUUUUCGUCGGAUGUUCAUAGUAGGAUUACGAAUCAGAACAGCUCUUAUAUCGGCAAUUUAUCGAAAAUCUCUUAAAAUGUCAACAGUAGCUCGAAAAGAAUCAACGGUCGGAGAAAUAGUGAAUUUGAUGUCUGUUGACGCUCAAAGAUUUAUGGAUUUGCUCAUUUAUAUCAAUAUGAUAUGGUCUGCACCAUUGCAAAUAUCACUUGCCUUAUACUUUUUAUGGGGCUUGUUGGGUCCUUCUGUAUUAGCUGGAGUCGCCGUAAUGAUAAUUAUAAUACCUGUCAAUGGGUUUUUGGCGAGUAAAAUGAAAACUCUACAAAUAAAACAAAUGAAGUAUAAGGAUGAACGGGUUAAGCUAACAAAUGAAGUUUUAGGAGGAAUGAAAGUCAUUAAAUUAUACGCUUGGGAACCAUCUUUUGAAGAACAAAUUCUUAAAAUUCGCGCUAAGGAAGUGACUCAAUUGAAAUAUGCCGCUUAUUAUAAUGCAGUUUCAAGUUUUAUUUGGUCGUGUGCGCCUUUCUUGGUUUCAUUGGUUACCUUUGCAACAUACGUAUUAUCAGAUGAAAACAAUAUAUUAGAUGCAAAAAAAGUAUUCGUGUCUUUGUCUUACUUUAACAUUUUAAGGUUUCCAUUGCCUAUGAUGCCAAUGAUAAUUUCUAAUUUAGUACAGACUUCAGUUUCGGUUAAUAGAAUAAAUAAAUUUAUGAAUUGUGAUGAAUUAGAUCCGAGCAACGUAACGCACGAGGAUUUAAACUCUUUACCUCUUCUCAUUGAAAACGGAUAUUUUUCAUGGGAACAAUCGGAAAAGCCAACUUUAAGAAACAUAAAUUUACAAGUGAAGCCUGGGAAGCUCGUCGCUGUGGUAGGCUCAGUAGGAUCCGGAAAGAGUUCGUUGAUUUCAUCUCUAUUAGGGGAUAUGGAAAAGUUAUCCGGUAGAGUAAAUGUUAAAGGUACUGUCGCCUAUGUACCUCAGCAAGCGUGGAUACAAAAUGCCACACUUCGUGAUAAUAUUCUUUUCGGAAAAACAUUGGAUUCAAAUUUAUAUAGCAAAGUAGUAGAAGCUUGCGCUCUUAAACCAGAUUUAGAAAUGCUUCCGGGAGGAGAUCUUACGGAAAUAGGAGAAAAAGGAAUUAACUUAUCUGGAGGGCAAAAACAAAGAGUCAGCCUUGCUCGAGCUGUCUAUUAUAAUGCGGAUAUAUAUCUUUUGGAUGAUCCUCUUUCGGCUGUGGAUUCACACGUGGGAAAACACAUAUUUGAAAAAGUUAUCGGUUUGGACGGAAUAUUAAAAAAUAAAACAAGACUUUUAGUGACACACGGCAUUACGUACUUGCCACAAGUUGAUAUGAUUGUCGUUCUUACGGACGGUGAAAUAUCAGAAAUCGGAACUUAUAGAGAACUAUUAGAUAAAAAGGGAGCUUUUGCCGAGUUUUUGAUACAACAUUUACAAGAAAAUAAUGAAGUUACGGACAUUCAAUUAGAAGAAACCGUCGGUGUCGAAACUCUUAAAGGAAUUCAAAGGCAAAGAUCAGAAUCCAGAGGUGAAUCCGAUUCAAUAGACAGGCGAACAUCUGUGGGGAGUCUCACAGAAUCAAAAAACAAAAGGAAAAGUUCACUUAACGCAAAUGGCAAUGGCACCGUUAUGAAAAAACAAGCCGGUGAAAAAUUAAUUGAAAUAGAAAAGUCGGAAGUUGGCAGUGUAAAAUGGGGAGUGUAUUCAUAUUAUUUGAAAUCUGUAGGAAUAAUAUUAUCGGUAUCUUCAAUAGUUAUGAACGUUUUGUUUCAAGUGUUUUCCAUAGGUGCAAAUUUUUGGUUAAAUUCAUGGACAAUUGAAAAUGAAGCAUCAAACACAACGUCCGAUUUUGAAAAGCGGGAUUUGUAUUUAGGUGUUUAUGGAGGUUUCGGCAUUGGUCAAGUCUUGACGACGUUGUUUGCAUCGGUGUUCCUCCAAUUGGGAUGUCUUUCUGCCGCAAGGAUACUUCAUGGUUCUACUCUUCAUGGUGUUGUACGUUCCCCUAACGGGUUUUUCGAUGUAACUCCGUUGGGUCGGGUACUCAAUAGAUUUUCAAAAGAUGUCGAUACGCUUGAUAGCAUAUUGCCAAUGACAAUUAGAGGAUGGCUAACUUGCUUUUUUUCGGUUUUAGGAAUGGUUGUCGUAGUGUCUUAUUCUUCCCAAUGGUUUAUCGCGGUUAUUAUACCUAUCGGAAUUCUAUAUUACUUCAUUCAAAGGUUUUAUGUAGCAACAUCGAGGCAGCUUAAAAGAAUCGAAUCAAUAUCUCGAAGUCCUAUUUAUUCUCAUUUUGGAGAAACCGUUACUGGAGUCUCCACAAUACGUGCCUAUCAAGCUCAACAGAGAUUCAUAAAUGAAUCUGAAUCAAAAUUAGAUAUCAAUCAAAUCUGUUAUUAUCCAAGUCUUAUCGCCAACAGAUGGUUAGCUGUACGUUUGGAAACAAUCGGAAGUUUAAUAAUUUUUUUUUCCGCACUUUUUGGAGUUAUAAGUAAAGCAGUUGGAAAUCCUCAAGCAAAUUUAGUUGGUUUAUCCGUGACGUAUGCCAUGCAAGUGACUCAAACUUUGAAUUGGCUCGUGAGAAUGACAUCUGAUGUUGAAACUAAUAUUGUAUCAGUGGAGAGAAUUAAAGAAUAUGGAGAAAUACCCCAUGAAGCCGAAUGGAGAAAUCCUAAUUUUAUUCCCGACAAAAAUUGGCCAUCUAAGGGAAAAGUAGAAUUUAAAGAUUACAUGACUCGAUAUAGAGAAGGUUUAGAUUUAGUUCUUUGCGGAGUUAAUUUUACUGUGGAUGGAGGAGAAAAAAUUGGAAUUGUCGGUAGAACGGGAGCUGGAAAAUCAAGUUUAACUUUAGCUUUGUUUCGUAUUAUUGAAGCGAGUAGUGGAAAAAUUUUUAUCGACGGAAUUGAUAUUUCUAAAGUCGGACUUCACGAUCUCAGAGGAAGGCUCACAAUCAUACCUCAGGAUCCUAUAUUAUUUUCGGGUACGAUUCGUAUGAAUCUUGAUCCAUUUAUGCAAUGCACGGAUCAAGAAAUAUGGAAAGCUUUAGAACUUGCCCAUUUAAAAACUUUUGUUAUGUCUCAAUCAUUAAAACUGGACCACGAAAUAACGGAAGGAGGUGAUAACCUAAGCGUAGGACAGCGACAAUUGAUUUGUUUGGCUCGUGCACUUCUUAGAAAAACAAAAAUAUUGGUACUCGACGAAGCUACGGCUGCCGUGGAUUUAGAAACUGACGAUUUAAUUCAGAACACGAUUCGACGUGAAUUCAAAGAAUGCACCGUCCUCACCAUUGCUCAUCGUCUAAAUACAAUUUUAGAUUCGGACAGGGUAUUAGUUUUAGAUAAAGGUUUAGUUGCGGAAUUUGAUAGUCCUCAAAAACUAAUGUCUCAACCAGAUUCAAUAUUUUACAAAAUGCUCAAAGACGCCGGAAUAACAACAACGGAUAAAAAAAAAGAAUAA